UUGUCUGGAAUGCACCAUCCCAUCCAGAUGAAACCAGCUGACAGCGAGAAAAACAACGCAGUGGAGGACAGGAAGCUCUUCAUUGGAAUGAUCUCUAAGAAGUGUAAUGAAAACGACAUCCGCCUGAUGUUCUCUCCGUUCGGACAGAUCGAAGAGUGUCGGAUUCUUCGAGGCUCUGACGGACUCAGCCGUGGAUGUGCAUUUGUAACGUUCACAGCUCGACAGAUGGCCCAGUCAGCCAUCAGGUCCAUGCAUCAGAGUCAGACCAUGGAGGGCUGCUCAUCCCCCAUUGUGGUGAAGUUUGCUGACACCCAAAAGGACAAAGAACAGAAACGCCUCGCUCAGCAGCUGCAGCAGCAGCUUCAGCAGCUCAGUGCUUCUUCAAUGUGGGGGAGUCUCUGUGGGUUCAACAGCCUGGGCCCGCAUUAUCUCGCCUUACUGCAGCAGGCAACGCUCACCGGAAACACACUGAACAAUCUGCACCCAGCUUCAGGUCUCACCUCCAUGCAGAACCUGUCUGCUUUAGCUGCAGCAGCAACACAAGGAACAUCUUCAGGUUCCACCUCCAUGAUGACGUCGAAUAAUUCACUUAGUGCAUUGACCAGCUCAGGUAAACAGCAAACAGCUCAAGUAAACAGUCUGAAUUCUAGUUUAAGCAGGUCUGUUUCUGGUUGUUGUCCUGGUUGUGAUGCAGGUGUGGCAGCGCUGACUGGCAGCCUGACAUCGAGCGGUUCCGGAAACACGAUGGAGGCUCUGAGUCAGGCAUACUCAGGGAUGCAGCAGUAUGCAGCUGCAGCUCUGCCCAGCCUGUACAACCAAAACCUGCUGACCCAACAGAACCUGUCAGCUGCUGCUGGCAGCCAGAAAGAAGGUCCAGAGGGGGCCAACCUGUUCAUCUACCACCUGCCUCAGGAGUUCGGAGACCAGGACCUGCUGCAGAUGUUUCUGCCCUUCGGAAACGUGAUUUCUGCUAAAGUUUUCAUCGACAAACAGACCAACCUCAGCAAAUGUUUCGGUUUUGUGAGCUACGACAACCCAGUGUCGUCCCAGGCAGCCAUCCAGUCCAUGAACGGGUUCCAGAUCGGUCUGAAGAGGCUGAAGGUGCAGCUGAAGCGUUCAAAGAUGGACAGCAAACCUUAUUAG